UAGCUUCGAAAAGUUUUAGAAUUCAUUUUGUAUUCUUGUAUUAACGAGCGCAUAGUAUCGAGGGUGUCGAGUAUUUUUCAUUAUAACAAAGUUGGUAGCAACACUUAAAAGAAAGGUUCGGUUUCUUAAUAAUAGCUGGAAUGUAUAUAAAUCGAUGGCCUAAACACUGAUACAGGAACAAUGGAUCAAGAUAAAAAUUUACUAGAAGAUGGACAGACCAAUGUGAUCACGCGAUCUACAGCGAGACAUCUUCGUCGUAAACGAUUAAACGAAGCACGAAGAGCGAGAAAUCAAUUUCUGGAUGAUUUUAUUAAUGGAGUUGAUGAGAAGAUUAAUCAAGAAACAGAAGUUAACUCUGAUAGUGAGAAAAGUAAAUUGACCAAAUCAAAGGCUCGUAGAUUACGUAAAAAGGAAAAGGCUAAGUUACUGGAAUGUUGUUGCUGCGAUACAUCUGUCGUCUCAACCAAUUUUCUACAUUUGGAACCUAACUGUUGUAUUAAAUCGAAUCAGAAUACUUUUAAUUCUCAUCUUAAUAAUGUGCAACAUAUCGAAGAUUUCUUUACACAGUCAUUACUUUCCUUAGGGAAUCAUAAGAAAACAAUUAGAAAAAGUGAAGAUACUAUCGAAUGUGAAUAUAAUUAUAACAAGCAAGAUAUAAACAGUUCGCGGUCUUAUCUUACUAAACUUGUUAACUUUGACUCAGAAGAUCUGUCUGACUCAUCUCAAAUAGUUAUUUUCUCAGGAUUACCAAAAUCAAUAAAUAAAGAGGAACAAACUCAUUGUACGAAAAAUAGCUCGGGUAUAAAAAGGUCUUAUUUAGAGUCUUGUAAUAUUAAAGUAGUCCAAUCGUCGGAUACUUCCUUUCCUGUAUCUGAUAAUUCUUCGAGACCGAACUAUUUGUUUAUACCCAACUCAAUUUAUAAAGAUCAUCAAGAGGAAAAUAAGAAUAUAUCCUUGAAUGAUCAAACAUUAGAAAAUAUUGUUAGAUCAGAGACUUGUCCGUUAAAAUAUGAAGAAGAUAAUUAUUCUUCUUUGGUAAUUCAAGAAAUAUCUGAAGAACCUUCAAAUAUUGAAAAGACUUCACAAGAUUCUAUCGUACAAAGAGAACCUUUAGAAGAAUCUAAAGAAUUAAUUUUACCAGUAAACGCAACGUUAAAUAAUUUAGUAUCUACAAAAAACGAACAAUCCAAUAAAAUAAUGGAUUCUAAGGCAAGUGGUACAGUUAAAACUAGAGAGGAGAUAAAGGCUGAGCGUGAAGCGAGAAAGGCAGCUAAAGCUGCUAACAAAGGCAAGGGUAAAGUUGCUGCUAAUACAUCCGACAAGCAGAAUAUUCCUAUUAAAGUAGAUAAUAUUUCUAACGAUAAUGAAAAACAAAAAACAAAUAAUGUGAUAAUAUCAGAAUCAAAUGAUUUGUCUGUAACUGAAAAUAAUUCAAACAAUACCAUGACAGAAGAUAGUACUGUUAAUAUUAAAUCAGAAGGUAAAAGCAAUGCUAUAUUACUCGAGAAAAAUAAUAAAUCUUCUUUGGUAGUCCAAAAUUUAUCUGAAGAAUCUUCAGAUAUUGAAAAAACAUCACAAGUUUCUCUCGUACAAAGAGAACCUUUGGAAGAAUCUACAGAAUUAAUUUUACCAGUAAGCUCAACGUUAGAUAUUUCAGUUCCCACAAAAAACGAACAAUCAAAUAAAAUAAUGGAUUCUAAAGCAAGCGGUAUGGUCAAAACAAAAGAGGAGAUAAAGGCUGAACGUGAAGCGAGAAAGGCAGCUAAAGCUGCUAACAAAGGCAAGGGUAAAGUUGCUGCUAAUAAAUCCGACAAGCAGAAUAUUUCUAUUAAAGUAGAUAAUAUUUCUAACGAUAAUGAAAAACAAAAAGCAAAUAAUGUGAUAAUAUCAGAAUCAAAUGAUAUGUCUGUAACUGAAAAUAAUUCAAACAAUACCAUGACAGAAGAUAGUAUUGUUAAUAUUAAAUCGGAAGGUAAAAGCAAGGCUGAAUUACGUGCUGAAAGAAGAGCUAAACAAGAAGCGCAAAGAGCUGCCAAACAAGAAGCACAAAGAACUGCCAAACAAGAACAAAUUGGUGAAAAAAUGAAAGUUAAAAGUAAACCAAAUAUGAUUCAACCAAAUGCAAUUGUAACAGCUACAGCGGAUCAUCCAGUAGAUAAUAAAACGAAUAAGAUUAUAAAGAAAACAACGAAAAAUGAUACGCACGAAGUAAAUCUGUUUAAACAUUUGUAUCAUGAAAGAGAACUUGCCUUGGAUAAAGUUUCCACUUCUAAUUUUAAUAUACAUCCAGCUAUACAAAAACUUGGUGUACAGUAUGAGAAUAAAAUUAUUGUCGGUAGUAAUGCUAGAUGUGUAGCGUUUUUGGUAGCUAUAAAACAGCUUAUAGGAGAUUUUGACAAACCAUUAAAAACUGAUUUUACUAGAGGACUUGAAACAAAAUUGCAAGAAUCGGUUUCUUAUUUGCACGCCUGCAGGCCAUUAGCUGUUUCAAUGCAAAAUGCAUUGCGCCAUUUAAAAUGGCAAAUGACUCAAUUAGAUUCUACGUCUUCUGAUGCUGAUGCAAAGCACAAAUUAAGAAGUUUAAUAGACACUUAUAUUGUGGAACAGAUUCAUCUUGCUGAUGAAAGUAUAUCGAUAUUUAUACAAACAAAAAUAUCCAAUGGAAAUGUAAUUUUAACAUAUGGAUAUUCGUCUUUAAUUGAAAAAAUUUUAACGGAUGCUCAUAAAGCUGGAAAGCAAUUUCGAGUUAUCAUUGUAGAUGGAAGACCAUGGUUGGAAGGUAAAGAACAAUUGCGACGUUUAGCGACAUAUGGAAUUGAUUGCUCAUACGUAUUGAUUAAUGCUCUUAGUUUUGUUAUGCCAGAGGUGAGUAAAGUAUUUCUUGGUGCCCAUGCUAUAUUAGCAAACGGUGCAGUAAUGUCAAGAAUUGGUACCGCACAAGUAGCUUUAAUGGCAAAAUCUUUCAACGUACCAGUGUUGGUAGCGUGCGAAACACACAAAUCAUGUGAACGUGUACAGACAGAUUCUAUAGUUCAUAAUGAAUUAGGUAAUGUCGAUGAUUUAACUAAGAGCACUUAUCGUAAUUCAAACAAAUCAUUGCUUUACAAUUGGAGAUCGAAAAAAUGUUUAAAUCUUCUCAAUAUUACCUAUGACGUUACACCGGCAGAUUUAGUUACAGCUGUCGUUACAGAAUUAGCUAUUUUACCAUGCACUAGCGUGCCUGUGAUCCUACGAAUUAAACCAUCGGAAAUUUAAACGUAUCUAAAUAUAAUGAUUGCUUUUAUAUUAACCAUGUAUAUUACAUGGUGAUAAAGAAACAUCUAUCAAGUCUCAUUUCAUAUAAUUGGAGUUAAAUUUAAUCGACGAUUGAUACAUACUAUACGGUAUAAUAAUAUAAUAAUAUUGUAGUUAUAUAGUAUAUUAACUCAAAGAAAAACAAGAAGGAGAAAUGAAAUAGUAAUAAAAAUAAUUA